AUUUCUCAUUGAGGAAAGAUCUUUGUCGUCACAGUGUAUUGACUUCUCCGACUUGGUUGGUCGUGUUGGUUUCGUUUGUGGAGCUUUGCAAAAAUGGAUCGGCUCAACAACGGCUCCCCUCGUCCCCCUUGUACGAACCCUAAGCGGGCGACAGGUGCGGAGGAGGCAGAUGCAGCACCGCAUAAGAAAUGCAAACUGGACAAAAGUCCGCGUGAGGAAGCACUAUUCCGGGUUGCCUCGCCUUCCAGUCGCGCACGCAGAGAGGUCGACCAGUGUCCGGCGAAUACGAGCGCCUCGCAAUGCGCGCCUGCGCAGUUUGGCUCUGUUCGUGGUACUUUUUUACGUCAAACUUUGAAUACAGUCGUGAUUAAAUGGAGCGAAGUUAUUCUUGUGCUAUCAAGUGCAAGCUCGACAUUUUUAUAUCUCUUCGGCACCUGAUCGAAUACUAGUUAUGUAAUUUUUCUAGGGUUUGCGCAACUCAAAACACUUGCUUCGUAUCAUGAAGUUUUUCUUUUGAGUUAGACCGCGUAGCUAGGUACAGAAUCUCUUCUUUCUUCCUCCAUUGUCAGGUGAAAUCAACGGCGCUGCCGCGAGUUCGUCGACAGCAAGAGAUGGGCUAUUGCCAGUAAUUCGCGUGGAUGCUUCUCGCAACGGUGUGGAGCCUACAGCGGCAGAGCGGCAAAUCGGGAAUCGAGCAGAGGGCAAUGACCUUCGCUUACUCGAUGACGAGGAUGAGGAAUCAUCAGACGCAGAGUCGGAUCUUGCUCAGGACUUCAUUGACGAGGAGGAGGAGACCGGGGCGGAAUCAUUAGAUGACAGUGCAGGGCCAGACCUGUCGCAUCUACCGCCUGUCUCGCAGGAAGUAGUGCCAGCGGAGGGCCAACCUCGCAAUUGUCCGAGACAAGGGCAGCGAGGCUUUAACCGGUUUUACCGGAGCCUUUUACAGGAGGAAGGUUUCUUCAAUGACAGGCCAGCAAAUAACGGCGAGGAGUCUUUGCAGCUCCUCCCACAUCAGGAGGUGGUCUUGUAUGGGCUUCAUUCCGGAUUCACUCCGAGAAUCCUCGUGGACCACCGAACCGGAGCAGGAAAAACUCUAACGAUGAUCAAGACUCUGGACACAUUCUUGAUGUGUCCGUGGCCGAAGAUUGUCAUCCUCCCGACGGAGACACUGCGGCGCAACUUCCUGCAGGAGCUCAUAAAGUUUCCAAGUUCAGUGCGUCGCUUUUGGGCAGCCUAUUAUCCUCAGGCGGCCGCAGAGUACAUUUUAUAGAUUUCAAUCUCUCGGCUUACAAUUUUUAUUUUUCAAAAGCAGGCGAUAGAUGACUGUCUCGCUCAUGAAUGCAAUUUCGAGAGAUAUAGCUGCUGUAGGAAAAACUACUUUCUCACGAAGUACUUUCACUUCUGCAUACUUCUACUUGAAAUCGUAAUCCAUGUUUUCACUUUCGUAGAUGUUGUUCCACUCGUGUUUUUCAGGGCAUGCGGUUGUGACAAUUGGGCUAGUCCUGGACGCAUUAAUGCUAUUUGGACCCCGAAGCGUGGCAUGAUCCAGAGUAUGUCAGAUUUGAUUGCACUAAAGGGAAAGUUGCGAAGUAAUGCAAUCAGACCGAGGGCCUUGGAGGAGCAUGCGGAAGCAUAUCCAGGAAUUCAAAUGCCUCGAGCCCCCAUCCGGAUCAUGAGCUAUGGGCGCGCGGGAGGCUCCGCGAUGCAGCCAAGCAAUCCCGACGUCGUCCUUCGUUUCGGGAAAGAAGCGCCGCCUGAGGGCGAAGAAUGGACAGCUUCCGCAUUGUGGAGUAAUGCGGUCGUUCUCCUUGACGAGGCGCACAACGUCUCCAGAUCUAAUAGCCAGUACGCAACGCAGCUCGAGAGACUUCGAAAGGCCUUGCAGUCCACAUCUUCGCGGGAUACACGAGUGGCCAUGUUCACGGCGACGCCGGCCGGGGACAGGUGUGAAACUGCGCGAUGUGUGCAGGAGGGUACGAAAAUGCUGCUCGACGCUCUCAAGGGGAGGCCGGACGCUCCACGCGUCUGCGACGAAGGCUUCGUGAGCCACUUCGACCAGCAGGACGGCAACUUUCCAUCAGUUCGAUCAGUGAGGCAGCAGGGCGAGACACUACUAGGCAACGUACGAUCGUACAAGAAAGCGGUGGUGCGGCGUGUCACGAUGGGAAGUGCCGUUGCUCUGCGCUAUGCGCGAACGCAUUUGGUGACGCAGGGCAGCACGUCCUCAACUUUGACCAUCGAGAGACGGAAGCGUGCCCGGUGCGGAAUGUGGUUACCACCCCAGUCUGCGACUCGAGCGGAGAACGUGGAGUUUCUCAGCGGCACCCUGGCAGCGGAAUACGCAACCAAGGCAUACGAAGCUGGCCGUGAAAUCUGCAGGAAGAAGCAAAAAAGCUUGGUGCUGUGUCGUAAGCGCGACGGGCUGAAAGCGACGGCGCUCGUUUUGCGGAGUCAGCUAGAGCCUCUGGGCUUUAAUGUCAAAGUGUUGACUGACAAGUCGCAAGCAGCCGCGGCAAUGCAGGACUUCAAUAGUCAAAAUAACGUAUAUGGCGAGCGUGUCUUGGUUCUCAUCGCCGACGUCGAGAGUUGCGGCGAAGGAGUUUCAUUUUUUCAGGUAUUUCCUAGCCUUUGUUAUUUUGGUUUCUUUUCUAUCAGCCCUAUCGCUUUUUAUGUGACGACGUUGCAGACAGAUGAAAGUCAUAGUUUCAUACAUUCGCAAUUUGAAAGUUCUGCGCCUAGCGUUCCGCUUUGACUAUGUGUCGCAAUUCAACUCUUCCUCUUGGUGUUUGUGAUUUCACAUCCGCAUCCAUUGUCCACACGCUUCUCAGGUGAGACAUUGUCAUAUUCUUUCGCUGCCCGAAUCUGCGACGGAAUUUCACCAGUGGCUUGGUCGUUGCAAUCGAUAUCAGUCACACCAAGCGCUUCCCGCCGCCGCAGAUAAAACGAUACAGUACUAUCUGUACGUUGCCGAGCUUCCAAAGCAAUGGCGACCUAAUAACCCCGAUCCGUCUAAGCCCACACACGAUUGGGCAUUCGUCAGGACGCUGAUGUUGCCGUCGAUCCGGCAAAGGGAGGAGCAUAACUUCCUUUCGGACGUUGAACGCUUAAUGGAAGCGUAUGAAAGUAGCAGUGACAUUCUCGAAGACCAUACCCGCGUAAAGCGAGAGCUUCGGGAUGACCUCUUGCUCGAGUUAGACAUCAAGUCCUUCGCUGACGACGCCGGUGCUUUUCGGUGGCUGCGUCGCACACAGGAUGAAGCUCACGUUCAACGGCUCGCAGAACAGAUCGAGACUUCCGAGGAGGCGAUGGCUAACUGGCGCAGGUCAGCAGCCUUUGACUGGGAUUGCUACAGUGGUGAAAAUUAGCAACGACAGUGCUUUAGAUUGUAGAAAUAUGAACUGCUUGACACCGCUUCACACAGGAUGGAUAUGAUUCAACGAGAUUCAAAUUGUUUGGACUCCAUUUUCUAUUCAGAAUCAUUUUUAUAUUUUGCAGAGUCAUAGCCGAACGAACUAGCAUGAUAUCGGGGAUCUGGAUAUCAGGGACGUACCAUAUUAGAUGUAAGGGAGCAGGACUCCAAAAAUACUCGUUGUGUAACACCGCGAAAUGUCAUAGAUAGAGCACUGCCUAGCAGAACUUCAAGUGCGAGCAUUUAUUUACAGAAUGAAAGUAUACAAAUUACGAUUAGAAUACAAUCGGAUUGAGAAGGGGUGGGCAAGUAAGGCGCAUGCGCUUUUGUUUGAGGAAUUUGAGUUCAAAUCUUACACAUGAUUGAUAUUGUCAUGUAAAAACUUUCUUCUGAACUUUGAGCACUGCAGUGCAUAAUCAAUUGAUCACUUCAUCUAAUCAGAUGGAUUGUUUGCGUAACACAGCGAGCUUGUCAAAAUCUUUUCAAUGAAUAUUUACUAGGUCUGAUCAUCAUCUGUUUGAGCACCAUUGCGAAUACUAUGAGUGUUGGAAUGUACAAGAACUCGGCCUUUCGCUGACAAGUAAUUGACUGUCUGUUGUCUACUCUACCUGCAAUUUAUUUAUGGGUUAGCAAUCCAAUUUGUCACUUAGAUUAACAAUCCAGCCUGACAUUAACUCAACGAUAGCCAACAUGUAGCACUGUUAGAGGCGCGAUGAUAAGAGAUUAUGACUGACCUGAACUUCUACCUCACUUCUGAAAAACCGACUUUGUGCGACAUAAUUAAUACUUGAUCAACGAAAAACAACAUAAGAUUAUAUAACUCUGAUUCUUGACAACUAUGACUACUUUGAGCUGCAUUUUCUUGCCAUGAAGAAUAGAAGCACUUAUAGAGUUUUGAGACAAAAGAUAUGUGUCACUUUUAACAUGUUGAAAGCCACGCUCUUUGGAGUCCUGCUUCCCAG